ACUCACGGCCAACCUAUCAGGAUACAGGAAUCCAAGAGUUCAGUCCAGAAGCUUGGAACGAAAAGAAGAAGACGACGCCGUUUUAUAGCUCUGCUCAAUUUUCUCUCGCUGUAUAAAAAUGAAUGCAAUCAACAGCUGCAGAAUUCUCGGCUUCGAUUAUUCUCUCUGCUCUACGGCCAGCGCCCACGUCAAAAUCAAAUCCCCAAUUUCUUCUCUACCCUGUUCCCAAUUCCUCAGACCUAAUUUUGGCGCCAAUUGCAAACCCUUUUCGCUACCCAGCAGGUUGAGGAUUUCUUACAGAAGUAAUGAGGCGCCGAAGCAAUGUCUUAGGGUUUCUAGGAUUUCAUGUCUGCUGGAAGAUAGUGUUGAAGAACACCCAGAAACAGAGCAGCCCUCUUCUUCGAACAAUGAAGUUGCUAUUGAUCUUAAGCUCCCGAGAAGAAGUUUGUUAGUAACAUUUACAUGUGAUUCUUGUGGGACCCGGUCUCAAAGGCUAAUAAAUAGAUUAGCUUACGAGCGUGGCCUGGUUUACGUACAGUGUUCAGGAUGUUCUCAGUACCACAAGCUAGUUGAUAAUCUUGGACUUGUGGUAGAGUACAACUUGCACGAGGAAGCUGAUUCGAAUGCAACUACAAAUGAAGUCUAGAGACAAUUUAGAAUCGAUAUACGAUCAUUGUUUGUUCAACGAAAAUAUCUAUGUAGGACUAGGAUGUACGACAAAUAAAACAAUUUUAUAUAAUUUUUUUGCACUGAUAAUACAAAUUUGGAGGUAAAGAAUGAA